AUGGAUGAAGACUCGGAUAGAAUAGUGGGCGGACAUAAUGCAAAGCACGGAGACUUUCCAUACGUGGCAAUGAUACAUCAACUCGUGGGCAACGAAACAAUCAGGAGUUUCGGUGCCUGCGGUGUGACGGUCUUAUUCAGAAGAUGGGUUCUCACAGCCAGCCAUUAUUGCGUAAUAGACUGCCCGCAAAAAUUUUCAGAUGCUCAAGUGAUCGAUUGGAGAAAAGAUAAUACGGAUGGCAAAGAUGCGAUAAAACUUAAGUACGCCACGGUGCCGAUUAUAGAAAAUAAUGUAUGCAAGCAAUCCUGGCUCAUCAGCGACAAGCACAUUUGCACGACCGCAGGAUUGGUACAAGACGCUUGUGAGGAUUUUAGCAGCGGUGGUUCUCUCAUCGUAAGAAGAAAUGGCCGUGCUCUUCAAAUCGGUAUUGUGAGUUAUGGAGAACAAGCUUGUCCUAACGAAAAACCUUAUGUGUUUACUAAAGUUUCUUCAUAUUCCACAGACUAG